AUUGAUCCGCUUCUGCUUCCUUCCAAUAAUACUAUCAAGUAUGGCCGGCCAUGGGUCAAACUUUCAUAUUGAGCAGGCGCGCGCAGCGCACGAGCGCUUCGACUGGGAACGCCGCCCAUGUCUGCCGCCCCGUCAUGUGCCUGAGGCUGGUGGAGAGGCGCGGCGCAGCAUGUGUUAAGGCAUUGUCAAGGCAACGCGUUAAAGCAUUGUGGAUCCGUCGGGCCUGGAGCGGCUGCUGCACCGUCGGGUGAGAACUACCGCAGAUGCCGAUGUCUACGCGGCGACGCAAUGCUGCUGCAGAAGGCGCUGCAGGCGGCGGCCGCUGCGCCUGACAUCGGUGCUGGCGGCGGCGCUGGCGGCGGCGCAUGCGGUGGCGGUGGCACGUACGGUGGUGACGGCAUGGAGGUGCGUGGAUGGAGGCCAUGGAGGAGCUGCUGGUCCACCGAGACUACUUCGAUCGCAGCAAGCAUUACCUCAUCCCACUUACCGGCCGCCAUGCCCACCGGGUCGCGGGCCGCGGGCAGCGGCAGUGGCAGCGGCAGUGGCAGUGGCGGCCACGCCGCGGCGGGCAGCGGCAGUGGCAGUGGCGGCGGUGACGGCGCCGCGGCGGGCGGCAGCGGUGGCGCAGCAGCGGGCAGCGGCAGCGGCGGCAGCGGCGGCAGCGUUGGCGCUGCGGCGGGCACCGGCAGCGGUGGGCAGCGGCGGCGCAGAUCAACCGCUCCGCUGCUGGGGCCCCAAGGACGGAACGUUCCGCAUCAUCCCUGCUUGUCUGCCUUCUUUUCCUCUUCCCACGAGCUGUGGUGGCGGCGGCGGCGCAUGGUGACGCACAUGUCGAAGGCAUCCGUGAUGACGAAGCCGUCGUACUUGGAGCCCCUGUGCUUCUGCUGGCUGAUGCUGAGGCGCAGCCCCGCGGCCGCCCACACGCACGUCACCUCUCGGAGGCGGCGCAUGGAGGCUGCAGCGCAGCUGUCGCUGGCGCCGGGCCAGCAGCAGCGGGCGGGGCUGGCGGCGGUGGCGGUGGCGGGGCCGGCGGGGGGCACGGUCGUGCGGCUGCUGCGGCUGGCCCCGCCGCCGCGGGCGCCGCCGCUGGGGCAGCAGCCGCCGCGGGGCUGGCGGCGGCGCCGGGCGUCACACUGCCCAGACGGCGCCACGGCAGCGGCGGACGCUGCCAUGGGCAGCGGCAGGGGCGGAGGCGGCGGUGCGGGUGGCAGAAGCGCGGCAGGCAGAGGGUGGGCCAACGGAACCGCCAUGGUGCACGGUCCCGACACCAGCUGCGACCGCCAAGUCGUCCUCGGCCGCCUCGACUACAAGUAUGGUGGCGGUGCCGGGACCGGCGGGCAGGUCAAGGUGGCGGUGCAGCCACCUCGGAAAGGUGUGGUGGGCUGGGGUGGCGGCAGCACGGGCUACCACGGCACGGUCAGCCGUGCUGGUCAGCCGCCGCGCAAGGAGUUCAUGCGGCUACUGCAUGAGCGGUUUGCGCGCCACGUCAUAAUGAUCAACGAGCUCCGCACGAGCAUGGUUUGUCUGAACUGCGGGCGCCACAGCCUGUGCCACAAGGAGCUGCCGCAGAGUGCCUCAGCCUGUGCCGCAAGGAGCUGCUGCAGGGCGCCGCAGCCUGUGCCGCAAGGAGCUGCUGCAGGGCGCCGCAGCCUGUGCCACAAGGAGCUGCCGCAGGGCGCCGCAGCCUGUGCCGCAAGGAGCUGCCGCAGCCUGUGUCGCAAGGAGCUGCCGCAGGGCGCCGCAGCCUGUGCCGCAAGGAGCUGCUGCAGGGCGCCGCAGCCUGUGCCGCAUGGAGCUGCUGCAGGGCGCCGCAGCCUGUGCCGCAAGGAGCUGCUGCAGGGCGCCGCAGCCUGUGCCGCAAGGAGCUGCUGCAGGGCGCCGCAGCCUGUGCCGCAAGGAGCUGCUGCAGGGCGCCGCAGCCUGUGCCACAAGGAGCUGCUGCAGGGCGCCGCAGCCUGUGCCGCAAGGAGCUGCUGCAGGGCGCCGCAGCCUGUGCUGCAAGGAGCUGCUGCAGGGCGCCGCAGCCUGUGCCGCAAGGAGCUGCCGCAGGGCGCCGGGGAUUUCCACAUCCGGGUCUGUAACGACUGUCACACUCCGUGGGUUUGUGAUGAGGACGCGGCCCUCAACAUGCGGCUGCUGUUGAUCCUGCAGCUCCUGGGCCGCGACCGGCCGGCGGUCUUCUGCCUGCAGGAGGGCGGCGCGGGAACAGCUGGUUGACAUUGACUCAGUUGCUGCUGGAGGUGCCCCCGACCUGCUGCUGCCGCCUCCCGAUGCCAAGGGUGUGGGGUCGUGGUGUCUGGGCGAGGCGCGAUUUGCGUGCAACCAGCCUGCCCAACCAGGUUUGCUUGGGGUGUUGGUCAUGCGACGCCUUGCAGUAGAUGGCUGUGGGGAAGCACUGAGACAGACAUCCAUUGCGACAGGGAGGUUGGUGUGUGGUGUCAUGUGGAGGGGAGCAGAGUGGUGGAAACACAUGCUGUGAGACACAGCUCGCUCACCACCCAUUUGAGUGGGGAAAAUGGGUGGUGGUUUAGCAUUCGGGGGCCAAAGCCAUGUGGUGGCUUCGGCGAUCAGUGCCGGCCACGCACUGUCCACAGGCCCUGUGGUGCGGCGCCCGUGUCAGCUAAUCCGGGUCCUUGGCCCAUGAAGACGACUGUUGAGGCCUCGUUGGGGGGUCUUGUGCCCAUCGUGCUCACCGGAGCAGUCACGACUGUUUGUUGUGACAAUCGCUGUACUCUGCGAGAAGGUCGCAACGGUGGACGGUUCGGUCACAAAAGUGGAGGUCAAGUUUGAUGCGAGUUUGAACAACUUGAGAGCAAGGUGGACGCCAAGGUGGACGUUAAGAUUGACAAGCUCGAGGCCAAACUAGACGCCAAGCUGGCGAACCUUGAGACCAGAAUGGAGGCCAAGUUCGUGAACGUGGCGACCAGCUUGGGCGUGCUGGUGGCGCAAAAUUUUUGG